AUUGGGCUAGGUUCACGCUGUGAAACUUCAUAUGUAUCCUAAACGUAUAGAGCCUACUAAGAGCCCAAUUACCCAAUUCUCGGGUACAAUUGGGCCUAAUUUCAUUAUGGCCCAUAACAUAUUCUCACUAGCGAUCAAGCCCAAUCACCAAAACAUGUAGGGCCCACUAAGAAGAUCAAUGCGCGAAACAGAGAGGGGACGACGACGAGAGCCCUUCCCUCCGCCGUCGCCGGAGAAGGAGCCGGCGCCACUACCUCCUCCUCCUCCUCCGCCGCUGCCGCCGCCGCCGCAUCUUCCUCCUCCUCAGCCUCCUCCUACGACACUUUCUCGGGCGACACAUCCACUUCUCCUUCGCGUAGCGGCGAUUGUCCCCAUGGAUUCGCCAUCUCCAUCUCCACCUCCACCUCUCUCUCUCAAUCCUACGAUCGUCGUCUCCAUCAUCGUCACUGUAGUUAAAAUUCUAGGACACAUCUCCUUUAUGGCAUCCAAUCAAAUCCCCCUCCUCCCCUUUUACUCCUUUCCAAAACCUACACCGCCCACAAUGAGUACACAUACACCGCACCUCCUCCCCCUCCCCCCUCCCACCCCUAAUCCGCCCUUAUAAACCCUAACGUCUCCUCUCUCCCAGACCCUAACCCCUACUCUAUCUCUCCCCCCACAAUGCUCCCCUCCCUCUGCCCCGGCGCCGCCUCCCGUGAUAUCAGGAUUUCUCCCGCCCGGAAGCGGUGCCGGCGAUCGGCGCCGUCGGUAGCCGGCGGCGAGGGCUGCGCCGGAGACCGGUGUGAGUUCCCGGAUCCGGCGAAGGUCUCCGAACUCUGGUGGGGGUUUCCGGCCGACGCGCAGCAGCGGCGGGCGAUCUUUCGAAUAGAACCGCUGGAGGAUUUGUCGGAGGUCUCCGUGGGCAAUGCGGUGGCGGAGAUCGGGAAUUUUUCGCAGCGUUGCUUCUUGUGCAAAAAGAUGAUCAAUAACGAUGCUUACAUGUUUGGAUCGUUUCGUGCUUUCUGCUCCCCUGAAUGCCGGCGGCAUCAAAUGGACUUCGAGGGUGUUGAUUUGAUUGAAGAUACUGGAGAGACAGUCGGCAAGAUGAGAAACUGAUGCCAAACAGGCCAAGCUGCUUAAUGUAAGAAGCAUGUCUAGAGCUCUAUAUGGAAGUGGGUCAACAUUUUUUAUUUCAUGUUGGCCAGCAAAUUUAUCUCGCCAAAGAUGGUUGUUAUCAUAUGGGUGGCUUUUACUUGCUAACUAGCAGCCAGGUGUAGUCUCAAAUAAGAAGUCUCGUACAGUCAGGAUCAUAGAUUGUGUCUCGUCUUUUUAAUGAACAGAUACAACAAGUUCAUGUGUAGUCUCUUAUUAAUUACAGUCAGGAUCAUAGAUUGUGUCGUCUCUUUUGUGAACAGAUACAAGUUCUUUUACAGGAAAUUGGUAUAGAAUAUUCUGUUUUAA